AUCAUCAACACUUGAGUUUUUCACAAGUAACAAAGCAAGAAAACCUUUAUCUUCUCAAGAACAAAACACAAGUUCAAUACAUAGAAAAUGAACUCACAAAACAUUAACUACCAUGCUGGUCAAGCCAAGGCCCAAACUGAGGAGAAGGCUAGCAACUUGACAGACAAGGCUAGCUCCGCUGCCCAAUCAACCAAGGAAUCCAUUCAAGAGGCUGGAGCACAAAUGCAAGCUAAGGCACGAGACACAAUGGAUUCAGUGAAGGAAGCCACCGGAAUGAACAAAUGAAGCACCUAACUUUAAUUGAAGUCUUGGCUACUUUUUAUGAAUCUAGCUUUUUUAAUAAGUGGGGCGAAGCUUGAGUUUCUAGCCAUUUUUUUCUAGUACUAUGUUUUGGUGUUUUUAGGGUUUAUUUUAAUUUUAUCCUAAAUAGAGAUGAUUUAUAUCCUCUAGAUGUCCAAUGUAAUAUCGUACUACUACUAGUUCUUCGAACUUCUUAUAUAAAAUGAAGUGAAAUUUUAUUUGCCUCAAUUAGUUUUCGA